AUGCCACAGGUGGCGGAGGCGGAGAUCGCAGGGUUAGGAGGUGGCAAGGAAGGGAAGGUGGUCUGCGAGACGCUCGUCGACCAGGUCAGAGGCCGGAGACCGGGGGACCUCUCUCUGAACGCUUCGCCGCCGCCUGGAGACGAUGAAAUUCCGGCGGAGUCCUUCCGUCUGUCAGAGGAAGACGUGAUCGGCUGGAUUGACCGCAUCGCCGUCGCCGGUUACGAUCGCGACGGAUCCGCCAGGGGGAUCUCUGAACGAAGCGCGGCGGCGAUCCGCCGCGGAAACCCCAAGCUGCUCCACGGGGCUUCCCGGGGCUACUACGCCAAGCGCAACGGCCCCAUCAUCGCCCUGCCGAACAGGCUCGGGGACUCUGGCUACCUCAACCGCAGCUCGCGCCGGCACACCGCCAGCGGCCGGUUCUUCCCGAAGAAAUUAGGUGCUCAGUUGGACGGGGAUGGGAAGUCGCCGGUGCUGGAACCGAUGUCCCCGAAGGUAUCGUGCAUCGGGAGAGUUCUCUCCGAUCGGGACAGGAACCGACGAAGCAAGGCCAGUCGGAUCACUAGACCCGGUGUAUCCCCCGAGUCAUCUUCGGCAGCUACAACAGACUCCUUCUGGUCGCGCGUUUUGGCGCUGCCCUGCUGCCGCCGGCGACAGGCAGCGGCGCUCGUCGGCGAGGAGCCAACGCGAUCGUCCACUGACAAGAUCAUGGAAUCAGGGGAAAGCCUGCCGGCCGCCCCGCCACCUGGACUGCGCCACGUGAACAGCUUCCCGUCGGGUAGUAACCCGGCGUCGCGGAGCGGUGAGGUGGAGACGCAGCCUGAACGUGCGGUGGCAAGAUCGGGGCCAUUGCCUCAGCAGAAGGGCCAGGGGAUCCUCGUGCGGCGCUCCCUGGGGUCGCUGAUGGAAUUGGAACGGACUCGGGACUGGCAGAACUCCGGCCCCGCUUCCCUCUGA